GGUCGAGAGCACCUGCUCGUUGUUGUCUCGCGCUUCCCGUAUCAGUGUCUUCUUUCUGUAGGAAAAAGAAAAUGACGAACUGCGAGGCCCUUUUUCUACUGGGAGUCAGUGUAGCAAUUCGUCCGGACACUGCUAGACCGUGGAGGUAAUCAAAAUGGAGGCAAAGAUAGCCAAGAUAAGAAACUACAGUGGCCUUUGCGUUGCCCCAUUCACGCCUUUCGACAGCAAAGGGAAUAUAAACAUCAAUCUCAUCGACCAGUAUGUGAGCCUCCUGCGUAAGCAAAGUGUCACUGGAGCAUUCGUGAAUGGGUCCACCGGGGAAGGACUUUCCCUAACCGUUUCCGAAAGAAAGAAACUGGCCGAAAGAUGGGUUGAAGCCUCGAAAGGAAGUAAGUUGGACCUGGUUAUCGUGCAUGUGACCGCAGCAUCCAUCUUGGACACGCAAGAGCUCGCCACACACGCGGAAGGCCUAAAUGUGGAUGCUAUUUCCAUAUUACCGCCGUUCUACUUCAGAAGUCCGUCUAUAGACCAUCUUAUACGGUACGUCGAAGAAGUGGCUAAAGCUGCCCCGAACACACCUAUAAUCUACUACCAUAUCCCGGCAUUCACAUACGUCAAUGUGCGUAUGACGGAAUUUCUGCCAGAAGUACAGCGGCGGGUGCCAGCCUUGUGCGGAGCGAAAUACUCAUGCAACGAACUAACCGAUUUGGCUGGGUUCUUGCGCAAAGAUAAAGCUCACAUCAAAAUAUUCUUCGGAUACGAAGAGAUGCUUCUUGCCGCUUUAGCUUUGGGCGUGACGGCGGCCAUUGGAGGGACCUUCACAUACCAAGGACAUCUCGCAAAAAAGAUUAUUGAUUUCUACGAGAAGGGCGACAUGUCCAGUGCGCGCCGUCACCAGGACAAACUGAAGCAUGGUAUCGAUACCCUCUGCCGUUACGGUUUCCCUGUUGCUACUCUGAAAGCAGCGGCCAACAAGGUCAGUGGCCUGAACUUCGGGGACACUCGGAUGCCAGUAUGCCCACUUCCUGAUGAGAAAGCGGACAAGCUCGCUGAAGAUAUUCGAGCACUGGAUAUACUAAUGUGAAGGUGCCUCUCGGGCGUGCGCCGUCAGCUUUAAUUAAAGGGAUCGUACUUUCUGAAGGAAAGUUGAGAUUGGAAUUUUUCAAACACUACUCACAUGUUCGGCUGAGCAAUAAAUAAAUAAAAUAUUCUUUUGAGAUCAA